AUGGCUCUGCGAAGAAUUUCCGCCUGGUCGACUCUAUCUGGCAAGUCUGACCCUGGAGUUGACGGGGUACUGUUCAAACGUGCAUUCAGCGAUCUCGAGAGGCUCCUCGAUGAAGCUCUCUCCCUCGCCCUGGAGGUUGCGGACCAUUCGGAAGCCGCAGCUCAUGCUAGUCACCCUGCCGCAUCGAAGGAGCAUGGCGCCGAUCGUGUGGACGAAUCAAACAUGUCGAUGGGCGACAGACCCCAAGAAAACGCUGGAACAAUUCCUAUAGAUGGAGCAGAUAUGGCCUACCCAGCGAGGCCAGGCUGCAGGCGUGCUGCCACUUACACUGCCGUACCCAAACGCCCGCGGCUGGCCGAUGUAGUUGAGAGCUAUUCCGGAACCUAUCAGGAGCUUCGAACAAGGACUCAGGUUGCACGAAGACAACAAAGCGGCACCUCACGACGUUCUUCACUCAGCAGAAAGUCCCGGAAAUCUAACAAAGGGUUCAAGACGGAUCGUAGACGGAGGCCAGCUAUGCUGAACGAUCUCCGCAGCACAACUGCCCUUCUUGAUAUUGGAGGAAUGGACGUCAAAAAACAAACAACAGCUCGCAAACGCUCGGCAGCUGUGGAGGUUUCAGCAGCCGUUCGAAGUGGGACCAGUCAUGAUGCUCUACCAGAACAUAACAUUGCUGGGAGAAGACUGCAUGGCGAACAUGGUAUUAAUCUUCGAAAGCGAUCGCACUCACCCGUUCGCAAGCGAUUUGUAGCAUCUACUGCCUGCUUGAGCACAGCGCUCAUCGGAGUACUACUUGGUAUCUAUACGGGCCUAGUCCCAUCAAUCCAGUAUUAUAUCGUGGAUCAAUCACAUGUCACUGUUCACGGCAACACCGGUUGUUUCCUUGCCCUUGCUAUUCCGUCCUUCUUUCUCUGGCCAUUGCCUUUACUCCAUGGUCGGAAGCCAUACAUAAUGUCAAGUCUCAUUAUUGCAAUGCCUCUUCUUUUUCCACAGGCAAUUGCAGUCAGCAGUCCCAGGCUGACCAACACUGCGUCUUGGAGGGCAAUGCUGUUGGCCUCUCGUACCCUAAUGGGUGUCUCUUUGGGCUUUGCGACUAUGAACUUUCACUCAGUUCUGACGGACCUUUUUGGCGCUUCCUUAAUGUGUCAGCAUCCCCAUGAAGAGGUUGUCGAUCAUUUCGAUGCAAGAAGACAUGGUGGUGGCAUGGGUAUUUGGCUUGGUAUCUGGACCUGGUGCUGGAUUGGAUCUCUUGGACUUGGUUUUCUCAUUGGUGCAGCUAUCAUUGAUAAACAUUCGCCAGCAUGGGGCUUUUACAUCAGCAUCAUGAUGAUUGCAGUUGUCUUGAUUCUCAAUGUGAUAUGCCCCGAGGUCCGACGAUCUGCAUUCCGACGUUCGAUUGCAGAAGUCCGAACAGGGGGGGACAUCUCACGUCGUCUGGCUCGAGGAGAAGUGAUGAUGCAUCGAGUCAAGACAGGUCCAAAGUGGUGGGGACAGGAAGCAUACCAUGGGGUUCGUUUAUCCUUGGAGAUGCUUGAACAACCUGGCUUCGCGGUUGUAGCGAUAUACGUCGCCUGGAUUUAUGCACAAGUCGUUCUUGUCAUCAUUCUGCUGGGCUCACUCGUAUCUCGCUUCUAUCAUCUCAGAUCGCCAUAUGUCGGUCUUCAUGUCGCCGCCGUUGCACUCGGCGCUCUCCUUGCAAUUCCUUUCCAAAAGGCCAGCAUCUUCUCCAGAUCUCGCAACCGAGAAAAUAAAGUUAACCGCGAGGUUCUAGGCAAAAAAAUAGUAUGGUCUUCACAUCUAGUCCGCCGGGCCGUCUUUACUAUUGCCCUUCCGAUUGGCGGCGCCUGCUAUGCUGCUGUUUCGUCAGGACCGCCAAUCAGUUCUGGCGUGCCAACCUUUUUUGCCUUAUGUAUAGGUUUUCUAUCCUCCCUCGCCAUUUCGGAAUGCAACGGCCUCAUCAUGGAAACCUUCGAUACAUCGGAUCUGUCUCCCGGAAUGGUUGGUCGCCACCGUGAUCCCACUGGUCAAGACCAGCGUCGAACCAACUACUCCUCUUUUCCGAGAGUGACAGCAGGAUUCGCUAUGAUACAAUCCUUCUCAUACAUACUUGCAGCUGGUUCAACUGCGCUGGGCGGUCAUGUAACGCGGAAGCUUGGCCAACAAGUUGCCACGAGCGUCGUAGCUGCGAUACUCUUCUUGUUGACUGUCCUCUUGUUGCUUGUUCUCAUCCGGUUCAAGAAUGUGCUCAUCAUACCUCGUUCAAAAUCAGAAGAGAUGGAGAGAAUUACCCAAGCCCGUCGGCGGUCUUCGAAACGUCGAGCUUCCAUGCCCAAUGACUUGCGUGCACUGAUGGAAGAGGAUUAUGCCUGGCGGCCCACAAUGAUAGGAAACCCGAUGGGCAAAAACCGCCGAAUGAACGUAUUGGAAAUGGGUAACCUGACAAGGUGGCAAGAUAUUCGACGGCGAAAUAAGCUCAUUGAUGCGGGUGUUCAUCUCAAUCGUGAUACGUUGGAUCAAGGUCUAGAUGCUCUAGAUGUUGCGCUCGAAUCCCAUAUUGAUAACAUGCGACAGAACGCAUCUGGAUUCUUCAGACGAGGGAGCUUAAGAAAGCAUGGAAGCCGUCUCCGUCGCAGCAACCAAAGCAGUGAGCAGACAUUUCAUGACUUGGAACUGGACAUGCUUGAUCCAGUGGGUACGCCGAGUGAGUCGUCCCAACAACCUCGACAGUAUGUCGAGAGGGAAUGUGUUAUGGGUCAAACAAUCAAGGAGGAGAACAAGGACGAAACCCAAGCUGGACCUAACACUUUGCGAAAAGACCACACUUAA